GUACCAUGAACUCAAUUUUACAGUCUUCUCUUUUCCAAAACACAGAUCUGUUUUCACACAUGGGUAUGCUUCUGGGGGCAUAUAUAAGCAGACCCAGGAAUUAAAUCUUAGGACUCAGGAAGAGAUAGUACCAUAAUGAUGCUGCCUGAAAACUCUUGGCAUGUUGAUUUUGGAAGAAGCUGCUGUCAUCAGAAUCUUUUGUCUGCUGUGGUAAUUUACAUCCUGCUCCUGAAUUCCUGCUUUCUCACAAGCAGUUUUAAUGGAACAGAUCUGGAGUUGAGGCUGACUGGUGGAGACAGUCCCUGCUCUGGGAGAGUAGAGGUGAAAUUCCAGGGAGAGUGGGGAACUGUAUGUGAUGAUGGUUGGAACAAUGCUGUCAUGACUGUUGUGUGCAAACAGCUAGGAUGUCCAUUUUAUCAAACCACACUUGGUCUUGGAAAAGCCAUGCCUGGACGUGGAACUAUUUGGCUUGAUGAUGUUUCCUGUUAUGGGAAUGAGUCAGCUCUUUGGGAAUGUCAACACGAGCAAUGGGGAAGCCAUGACUGUAGUCACACAGAAGAUGCUGGAGUGACCUGUUAUGAUAAAGCCAAUCUGGAUUUGAAGCUGUGGGGUGGAAGCAGCUCCUGCUCAGGAAGAGUGGCGGUGAAAUUCCGAGAAAGGUGGGGGAGUAUAUGUGAUGAUGGUUGGGACUUGAAUGCUGCUGCUGUGGUGUGCAGGCAACUGGGAUGCCCAUCUUCUUUCAUUUUCUCUGGAGCCACUGCUAUCACAGUUACAUUUGGCCCCGUUUGGCUGCACGAUAUUUCCUGCCAUGGGAAUGAGACAACACUCUGGAAUUGCAGACACAGUGGAUGGGGACCUCACUACUGCAGUAACCUUAAGGAUGUCACAUUAACUUGUGCUGAUGGUACUGAUCUUGAACUACGGCUUGUGGGUGGAAGCAACCGCUGUGUUGGGAGAGUAGAGUUGAAAGUUCAAGGAAAGUGGGGGAACAUAUGCCACAAUGACUGGAACAACGCUGCUUCUGAUGUAGUGUGCAAGCAGCUGGGAUGUGGAACUGCACUUCAUUUCGCUGGCUUGCCUCAUUUGGAAUCAGGCUCUAGUACUAUAUGGCGUGAUGUUUUCUCCUGCUCUGGUAACGAAUCUUUUCUUUGGGACUGCAGACACGGAUGGGUAAAUCAUUUUUGUAGUCAUCAGAAGGAUGUGUCUGUGAUCUGCUCAGAUGGAGCAGAUUUGGAGCUGCGACUGGCAGAUGGAAACAGCAAUUGUUCAGGGAGAGUGGAGGUGAGAAUCCAUGGACAGUGGUGGACAAUAUGUGACCAAGACUGGAACAAUAAGCAAGCCACUGUGGUUUGUAAACAGCUAGGAUGUCCAUUUAGUGUCUCUGGCAGUGGCUAUGCUAAACCUAGUAAAGAAUCUAAAGAAAUGUGGAUAAACAGCAUAUCUUGCACUGGAAAUGAGUCAGCUCUCUGGGACUGCAUAUAUGAUGGAAAAGCAAAAGGAAUAUGUCUCCAAAGAUCAGAUGCUGGAGUAAUCUGUUCUGAUGAGUUGGAUCUGGACCUCAGGCUCACCGGGGGAGAAAGUCCUUGUUAUGGGAUAUUGGAGGUGAAAUACCAAGGAGAGUGGGGGACUGUGUGUCAUGACCUAUGGAGCACAAGGAACGCAGCUAUUGUGUGUAAAAAAUUGGGAUGUGGAAAUCCUGUCCGCAUAUUUGGCAUGACCCUGCGUGGGAGAGCAUCAGGACCUAUUUGGCUGGAUGAUGUUUCUUGCAUUGGAAAUGAGUCAGACAUCUGGGACUGCAAACACCGUGGAUGGGGAAAGCAUAACUGUUUACAUGAGGAGGAUGUGAUUGUGAGCUGCUCAGGCAAUGAAACGUGGAGCCUGAGACUGGUGGAUGGCCCCAACCAUUGCUCAGGAAGACUGGAGGUGAAGUUUCAAGAACAAUGGGGCACAGUAUGUGGUGACGGUUGGAACAGUAAUAAUGCAGCUGUGGUGUGUGGCCAACUGGAUUGUCCAUCUUCUAUCAUUGCCAUGGGUCUGGGAAAUGCUUCUAUGGGAUCUGGAAAAAUUUGGCUUGAUGAUGUUUCCUGCUAUGGGGACGAGUCAGCUCUCUGGUCAUGCAGGCAUAGAGGAUGGGGAAUGCAUGACUGCAGUCAUAGGGAAGAUGUUGGAAUGACCUGUUCUGAUGAAUCGAAUGUGGAACUAAGGCUUGUGGGUGGAAGCAGCAGGUGUGCUGGAAGAGUCGAGGUGAAAGUCCAGGGUGCCAAGGCAACCCUGUGUGCUAGCAGCUGGAGAAUGAACGUUGCUAAAGUUAUUUGCAGGCAACUUGGAUGUGGGUCUGCAGUCAGUGCCUCCAUACAGCCUUAUUUCACAGGAGACACAUUACACACGUUGCAGUUUCAAGUUGUCUGCGCUGGAAGUGAAGCCUCCCUCUGGGACUGUGUACCCUGGAGGUGGUCACGGUGUUUUUCUCAUGUGGAAGCUAAUUUGAUCUGCUCAGCUCACAGGCAGCCCAGGCUGGUUGGAUCUGACAGUCCCUGUUUUGGACGUGUUGAAGUGAAACAUGCAGAUACAUGGAGCUCUGUCUGUGAUUCUGACUUCUCUGUCUCUGCUGCCAAUGUGCUGUGCCGACAAUUAAAUUGUGGAGAGGCCAUGUCUCUUUCUGUGGGAGCUCACUUUGGAAAAGGGAAUGGCAAAACUUGGGCUGAAAAGUUCCAGUGUGAAGGGAACGAAACUCACCUUGCACUGUGCCCCACAGUGCACCAUCCAGAAGACACCUGUCACGAUGGCAGAGAAGUUGGAGUUGUCUGUUCUCGGUAUACAGAUGCCCGACUUGUGAAUGGCAAAUCCCAGUGUGAGGGGCAAGUGGAGAUCAAGGUGCUUGGAUACUGGGGCUCCAUCUGUGACACCCACUGGGACCUGGAAGAUGCCCAUGUCCUAUGCAGGCAGCUCAACUGUGGGUUUGCUCUCUCAACCACAGGAAGAAAAUAUAUUGGAGAAGGAAAAGGUCAUGUUUGGGGGCACAAGUUUCAUUGCUUAGGGAAUGAGUCACUUCUAGAUAAUUGUCCAAUGACAGUCCUUGGAGCAGGUCCCUGUACCCAUGGAAACACUGUCUCUGUGACCUGCAUAGGAAACAAGACCCAGCUAUGGUUCCCAUGCCCUGAAAACGUAUCUAGCCCAUAUUUGUCUGCUGUUCCAGAAGAUGGUGCUUUCAUCUGCUCAGAGAGCCGACAGCUCCGCCUGGUGGACGGGGGCAGCCGCUGUGCCGGGAGAGUGGAGAUCUACCAUGAGGGCUCCUGGGGCACCAUCUGUGAUGACAGCUGGGACCUGAGCGAUGCCCACGUGGUGUGCAGACAGCUGGGCUGUGGACAGGCCCUGAAAGCCCUGGGCUCUGCUCACUUUGGGGAGGGGUCAGGGCCCAUCUGGCUGGACGACCUGAACUGCACAGGAAAGGAGUCCCACGUGUCUAAGUGCCCUUCCCGGGGCUGGGGGCAACACAACUGCAGGCACAAGGAGGAUGCAGGGGUCACCUGCUCAGAAUUCACAGCCUUGAGGCUCUACAGUGAAACUGAAAUGGAGAGCUGUGCUGGGAGGUUGGAAGUCUUCUACAACGGGACUUGGGGCAGUGUUGGCAGGAGGAACAUCACUGCAGACACAGCUGGGGUUGUGUGUAGGCACCUGGGCUGUGCAGAGAAUGGAGUUGUCAGCCUAGCCCCUUCAAACAAGGCAGGCUCUGGUUUCAUGUGGGUGGAUGACAUACAGUGUCCUAAAAUGCAUAUCUCCAUAUGGCAGUGCCCAUCUGCCCCAUGGGAGCAGAGGAUCUCUAGCCCAGCAGAAGAAACCUGGAUCACAUGUGAAGAUAAAAUAAGAAUUACUGGAGGAGACACCAAGUGCUCUGGGAGAGUGGAGAUCUGGUACGAAGGCUUCUGGGGCACAGUGUGUGACGAUUCCUGGGACCUGGCAGAGGCAGAAGUGGUGUGUCAGCAGCUGGGCUGUGGCUCUGCUCUGGCUGCCCUGGGGGAAGCAGCAUUUGGCCAGGGGACUGGACCCAUCUGGUUGGAUGAGAUGCAGUGCAAGGGAAACGAGUCAUUUCUAUGGCACUGUCAUGCCAAACCUUGGGGACAAAGUGACUGUGGACACAAGGAAGAUGCUGGUGUGAGGUGCUCUGGACAGUCGCCAAAGUCACUGAACACCUCAGGUCAUUCAGCACUUAUUUUAUCUGGGAUUGUGGGGCUCAUUCUCCUGGCUCUGUUUGUUCUAUUUCUCGUGCGGUCUCGAGUUCAGAAACAAAAACAUCUGCCCCACAGAGCUUCAUCAAGAAGAAGGGAUUCUCUAGAGGAGAACCUGUUCCACGAGAUGGACACCUGCCUCAAGAGAGAGGAACCAUGUCAGACGAGAACCUCAGAUGACACCGUCACCCAUCGUUGUGAAGAUGCUGGCCACACAGCACUGCUGGAAGUUCUUCCUGCCUCUGAAGCCAUGAAAUGACUUUGGGCUUCCAAGGACUACUAGAUCAGACUCUAAAUAUCUUUGAAGGAGACAGCAACUUUUAAAUGAGUGAAGAGGAAGUCAAAUUGCAUUAUGGAAAAUUGGUUCAAACAAUAUUUCCUAAAAAAUAGGAGAACAGCUCAAUUGAUAAAGACUGGUGGUAUUAAAUAAUAAAAGUUAGAUUAUGUGUAUCACUAUUAUAGGCUGAAUGUUUGUAACCUUACCAAAAAAAUUCAUAUGUUGAAAGCCUAAACUCCAAUGUAAUGGUAUUAGGAGGUGAAGGCUUCCGGAGGUGAUGAUGUCAUGAGGGUGGAGCCCCCAUAAAUGGAAUUAGAUCUUUUAUUAAUAGGACCUCAGAGAGCUCUCCCACUGUUUUCCACUACUUGAAUGUACACUGAGAUGACAACAGUCUACAACCUGGAAGAGGAUCCUUAACCAGACUCUGACCAUGCUGGCACUCUGACCUCAGUCUUCCAACCUCCGGAACUAGGAGAAAUACUUUUCUGGUUGUUCACAGGCCAUCCAGUUCAUGGUAUUCUGUUACAGCAGCCUAAAGUACGAUAAGCACUAAUUAAAAACACUCCACACCUACUCCUACUCCUGCUACACAAUGAAAAAAAUUAUUUGAGGCUGACUUAUAGCUGUGGUUAUAGUUCAAAUUACUUUAAUUCCAUAGAGAUUUGCAUGUAGAGAGCAUCAUUUUCAAAACUGAAUGUCAGAAUAAUCUUUAUUUUUAUACCUGCUAGAUUUAUUCAUGAUGGCUUUGCUCAAUUGCCUUUGCUUCCAGUUUGGCUUCCUCAGAGUUUGAACAUACCAUAGUUCCCACAGGAAUUAUAACAAAUAUAUCAUAGUAACCAAUACCUAUCUCAAUGGUAAAAUAAUUUCAGAAAAGCAGUUGGCUUCAUGAAGUUCUUACAAGGGAUGUAAAGUAGAAAAAGAGGACUACGUUACUAGAAGAGAAAUUUUUAAAUCUUUAAGCCACCAAAUAGCUUUUUUUCGUUUAGUUGGAGAUCCUAAAAAUCAGGAGACUUUGGUCUACAAAUCUGAGCAGAAAGAAUAAAUAGCCCGCUUGCCAAGAGAAGCUUGUUUUGAAAGCUGCUUCUCAAAUGAGAGCAAGAUCUUAGACUGUGCUUCAAAUACCAGGACCUAGCCAUGCAACAUGCUUGCAAUAUAUAUACUGUGAGGAAAUAUAGCAGAGUUUAAAUAUUAAAAUUUAACCCUAACCAAUCAAUAUAUGUUCAAUUAACAUUGUUGUCCUGAAGUAAAAUUAUUAUAAGUUUCUGUGCAAAAAUGCAGAGGUAUCCUUAUUUCUAUACAUGGAAACUUUAGGUUUUUAUUACAAAAUAAAUAUGUAUUUCAAAAAAUGAAAAAUAUUGAAAGAACAAUAAUACUAAAAAUUCUAUCAUUCUGAAAUGAUCACUGUUAAUAUUUUAGAAUGUUUCUUUCAAUCUUUUCUCUGUCCUCACUCUUGAAUAUAAAUGAAUGCAUAUUGU